AUAAUUACAACUACGUCGCCUCAUAACAUGUUUUUUUCAAUUUGCAUAAGCGAUUGGUAAAAUCAUAUUACGCGGUCUCUGCCACUGCUACUGUUGCAAUAGAACGCUUCUAGUUGAUAAGAUAAGUCCACCUAUCUUGGCGGGACGGUGUUUUUGUCCCGCGGUCCCCUUUUAAAAAAAUAUUUUCGUGGAGGAAAAUGUUCUAAUCAGUUGUUGGCGAAUUAUAGCAAAUUGUGAAAGGUAAUCUGGCAUAAAAGUGAAGUAAACUACACAGACUGAUUUUAACUGAAAAAUGCCACAGUUUGACUACGAGGUAGAAAUAAUCCAGAAAGAAGACAGAGACGAUGUGAUACAGUUCAUGAGGGACUAUUUUAUGGAAGACGAACCAAUAAAUACAUCGAUAAAUCUUAUAACUAAAGAAAAACCUGUAAACGUACCUUUAGAAGAGUAUCUAGUCCAAGGCUAUGACAAUGGAAUAUCUACAAAGGCCGUGAGGAAUGGUAAAAUGAUAGGCGUGUGUAUCAAUCCAAUUUUGGAACGGAAUCAAGAGCACGAAAAAGUUGAGAGUGACAAUAAGGACUUUUUAACUAUUUACAAUUUUUUGGUGUAUAUGGAUGAACAUUCAGAUGCGUUUAAGCAUUUUCCAGGUGUUAACAAAGCUAUCACAGUGAGUCUUGUGGCAGUUGAUUCAAGAUGUAGAGGGAAGGGCAUUGCCAAAGAUCUGAUGAGUAGAGCACUAAUCGCUGGUAAACAAUUAGGCUGUGGUUUCAUGGUAGUGGAAUGCUCCAGUCAUUAUACAGCAUUAGCCAUGAAGAGAAUGGGAUUCGAAUGUAUAUAUACACUGCCCUACAAAAACUACAAAGUUGACGGAAAAAUUGUAUUUAAUACGGACCCUCCGCACACGGAAGCCACUGUGUAUGUGAAGAAACUUUAAGACACUCCCAAAAGAUCAAUUUUAGCUUAAAAAAUAUGUCUUCCAAUGUUACAUUAUUUUAUUUUGGCCACAAAAUUUAUUUGUGGUUAUCUAUGCCUUAAUUACGCUAUUAGACAUUGAAAAUGCAACACACAAAUUAGAUCAAAAUAUUUUUUCUACGGCCGUGCUAAAAGAGCCACUUUCACGCACUCAUUUCGUUUUCGAAAGUUGCACUUUUCCGCACGGCGUGCGUAAAAGUAAAUUUUUCCGCACAGCGUGCGGAAAAGUAAAAUACCUUGUAAUAUGGCAUUAUAUAUAUAUAUAUUACAUGGCAUUAUUAUAUGGCAUUAUAUAGAUUAUAAUACAUGCAAUAAACUAAUAUUUAGAUAUUACUUACUAAUUUAUUUCAAAUUUAUCUUAUUGUAUUCAUGUUUUAAUGAAAUUAGCGCGAUUAUUUCAUUCAUAGGAGAUUCUGACCAAUGGAAAGCAACAGAAAUAAAAAUUAAACUGAUAAUUUUUGAUAAUUUCCCGUCGUCAAGUAUAUUACGUCAAAUGAACUUCGUUGCUAUGAAAAAAUACAUUCAGUGACAUUAAUGACAAUUAAUGUUUUAAAAAUUAUAAAAGUGAUGACUUUCAACCAUCAAAUUAUUUAUAACAACCGUGUGUUUAAUUGUAUAAUUUGUACUUACAUAAAUAAAUUACAAUAAAAUUUUGGUUUUGAACAGUUUUAUUCAUGAAAUAAUCGCAACAAAUUGCACUCGAUCUCUAAAAUUAAUAUAGAAUUUUUGCCCUCGUGACACGUUGACCUAAUUUCACUCGCCUUCGGCUCGUGAAAUUAACACUGUCAAAGUGUCACUCGGGAAAAAUUCAAUAAUUUUAGAGCUCUUGUGCAAUUACUACUGAUAAUUUCAUUCAUAGGAGAUUCUGACCAAUAGAAAGUUACAGAAAUCUAAAUUAAACUGAUAAUUUUUGAUAAUUUCCCGUCGCGAAGUAUACUUCAGAUGCCCUUCGUUGCUACGAAAAAAUACAUUCAGUGACAUUAAUGACAAUUAAUGUUUUAAAAAUUAUAAAAGUGAUGACUUUCCACCGUCAAAUAUUUAUAACAACUGCGUGUUUAAUUGUACUAAUUUGUACUUACAUAAAUAAAUUACAAUACAAUUUUGGUUUUGAACAGUUUUAUUCAUGAAAUAAUCGCAACAAAUUGCACUCGAUCUCUAAAAUUAAUAUAGAAUUUUAGAGCUCUUGUGCAAUUACUACUGAUAAUUCGAUGAAAGAAAAUUAUUUUGACAUAAUAUUUAAAAGUUAGAUCAGUAGACAUUUACAAUGGUUUUGAGUCGUCGUCAUGGAAACCAAUAUCAUCGUCGUGGUAACCCAUUAUAUUAAGAGUUUGGUUUUGACAACCUUGUCAAAGAGUUAAUUUGUGUAUUUUCACUUCUAAAUAAAAAUUGAUAUAACUCUAUUUUUAUGGCUUUUUACCAAACGUACGGCCCUAGAAAAAAUAUUGUUUCUAACUCAUGCAGAAAGUGUCUUCCCCUCACUCGACUACUUGCCCGAACUCCUCUAUCGCGUCGUUCGCGUCAAGGCAGUCUCGUGCGUGAAAGUAUCACUUUCCCCACUAGUUAGGAAAAUAACUAAUUUCUAUAUUUAGUACAAAUAAAAAGUUGUAUAAUAUAAAAUAUAUGUUAUAGUCAAACCUCGAUGUUCUAGCACUCCUAGGUUUAGCUAGUCAAUCUUAUGACUUAAGGUUUUAAGGUCUUAAGGUCUUAAAGUUUUAAGGUCUUAAGGUCUUAGUAAAGGCCCAACUAAAUGACGUUUUUCGGCCUUUGACCAAAUAAUUUUCGUCAAACCUAGGAGAGACUAAUUUGGUCAGGCGAACGUCGAACUUAAUUUCAUGAAAUUGGUGUUUGAUCAGUCAAACUCCGUAUAUUUGGUAAAAUAGGUAUUAAAAUGUUAUAAUUUGUUAGAUGAGGUGUAAUAAAACGUCAUUUUUAAUUUUA